AAUUGAAAUCCCCAAUGACGGUGCAAGCUUAUGCUACGUACACUCACAUUGACAAAUAACUGCUUCAGACCGAUUAAAGUUAAUGCACUGUAUCUAAUGGCCUACCAUUGAUCGAAUUGGAGUCGGUUUUCAAAGUAUGACUGGGUACAUCCGGAACUUACUUUACUACACACUUGAUAUAAAAUGAUAUUCAUCAUCGGAGACAUCGUUUCCUGUCUAUAACUUGUUAAGGUGCGGUUGGAAUACUACAUCAUGUCGUCCGGAUACGAGAGAUUCAACAACGAGGACGUAGAGAAGACUGGUGAGGUUCUCAACGCUCCUGCAUAUCCUGUUCAACAGUUCCCUCCGCAGUAUACGGGACAGCAACCUGCGACACUUGCUCUUGGACAAAUUCCUCAGGUCCCUGGUCAGCAGACGAUAAUACAUGUUGCCGCCGGGCCUAUCCCGAAUGAUUACUUUGGAUUUGCACUCUUCGUUACAAUCUGCUGCUGCCUACCAUUUGGUAUUGUUGGCCUCAUCAAAUCAAGCGAGGUGAAGAAUCGUGCGGCAGGAGGAGAUUAUAACGGAGCAACCAUCUCGUCAUCUGAGGCUCGACGCUGGUCAUGGGCUGGCUGUAUUAUCGGAGGGAUUACGUGGGGUAUUGCUCUCCUUGUGACGUGUGUCUACAUAGGUCUUGCUGUAGCUGCCUGUAACGCUGGAGAUUGCUAUAAUUACUAAACAUGGGAGGGGCUACAGAAUGGCGAUCGCCCUGAAUGAUUUCCAGUUGAAAGACAAGAAGAAAACAGAAAGGAACAGACAAUUUUUGAAAUAGAUAAAUUACCCAUCAAUUUAAUGGCAUUUCUUUAAUUGCUAUUUUUGAACCAAUAACCAGACUCGCAUUUUAAUAAAAAAUAGAUUUAUCACA